UGAAUCUGUGAAUAGUUGGAACCGCCUGACGUGCUGGGGGGCGAGCAUGCUGGUUUUGGAGCUGGUGGGUGUGUCACAUGACGCUGCGCCUGGCUACUGACAUGCUGGUAUAAAUCCACCUCUGUAUAUUUAGUCAGCCCUCUUUCCUCCACGUGAAGCAGCUGUGUGCUCGGGUCCAGGCUACCAAAGUAGCUUCGACUUCUCCGUCAUGGCUGACCAGGCUUUUGUGACGUUGGCUACCAAUGACAACUAUGCUCGUGGAGCCAUGGUGUUGGGCAAGUCCCUCCGCAACCACAAUACAUCCAAGAAGCUGGUGGCACUCAUCGGCCCGCAGAUGUCCGAGCCUUGCAAGUCCGUGCUGAAGAGGAUCUACGACGAGGUGAGGGUGGUGGACGUGCUGGACAGCGGGGACACAGCGAAACUGGCCAUGUUGAAGAGGCCCGACCUCGGCGUCACCUUCACCAAACUCCACUGCUGGACUCUCACACACUACUCCAAGUGUGUGUUCAUGGACGCAGACACACUGGUGCUCUCAAAUAUAGACGAGCUGUUCGACAGAGAAGAGUUGUCCGCUGCUCCCGACCCCGGCUGGCCUGACUGCUUCAACUCCGGUGUGUUUGUUUUUCGUCCUUCUCUGGAGACCUACGGCAAACUGCUCCAGCACUGUACAGAACACGGCAGCUUUGAUGGAGGAGACCAGGGGGUUCUGAAUAGCUUCUUCAACGACUGGUCAACAGCUGACAUAUCCAAACACCUCCCCUUCAUCUACAACCUGAGCAGCAUAGCCAUCUACACCUACCUUCCAGCCUUCAAGCAGUAUGGUGGCAACGCCAAGGUGGUGCAUUUCCUGGGGGAGACCAAGCCGUGGAGCUACACGUUUGACACCAAAUCCAGACAGAUCACAGGGAGUGCGCUCGGUGCCGCCACGCACCCCACAUUCCUGCUGGACUGGUGGACCCUGUACUCCCGCACCGUGGUGCCCAUGCUGCAGGAGCAGUACGGAGACCAGCCCUUCUACUCUGGAUGUGUGGAGUCCCAGCACUGUGACACGAUCACUAUUGAGAGUGUUCAGGAUGGGAGUUGCCCUUCAUUUGAUCAAGCAAUCCCACCGGGAAUGUCCUCAGAGGAGCGGAAGCAAAAAUGGGAGCAAGGCCAGGCAGACUACUUGGGAAUGGACUCAUUUGACAAUAUCAAGAGGAAGCUUGAUUCUUUUCUCAAAUAAAGAAUUGAGAUAUCAAACGAGCACUUGCAGUUUACUGUCACCACAGGUCAAAAGAAAUACUGUAAAACAGCAUCUUUAUCUCAGCUGUUUCUCAACCUGAGUCUCUCUCUCUCUCUCUCCACCAGCAUUACUCCCUCCUGGGGGUGGGGGUGGGGGGGGGGGGGCAAAAAAAAGUGAAACUUUCUGUAAUUGUCUAUGCAAUGCUGUCUAUCACCCUGCACAUGUUUCUGUUACUGUGAAGAGAAUCAGGAAGGAUUUACAGCACAACAUCCAUUUGAAGGUACUUGCGAUAUACAUUUUGCAAGAUUUGUCCUAAUGCUGUUUUGGGGUACGGUAACACGAGUUGAACAUGGCGUUUUGUAUCUUUUUAGGAUUAGCAGUCACUUAUUCUUAAUGAUGUUCUUUUUUUACACCAUGCAGUCGCGUAGUAAUCUCCAGAGCAUUAACCUCUCCUCUCCCUUUAUUUCUCAUGCUUUUAAAUCGACAGCCUGUGUUUAACAUAGAAACAUGAAGAUAUGUUUACAGCGUGUCGGAAGGUGGUUUAGCCGUAGACUAGCUCCUCAGUGCCUUUGUGUUUUGCUCUCUAUGCCAUCGUCCCAUCUUUUCUUGACUAUCAGCCUUUCUGUAGGACAUUACAUUUUGUUUUUAGCUUUCCUGUGUUUUACUUUGACCAGGAUGUUGGUUGUACCAUUACAUCUCAUCUGGAAUAAAGAAAAGCUUUCAAAGUU